AUGGUUACAAAGGCUGCAACAAGGCCGACUCCUCGGUCUUCCCAUUCCCACUCCCACUCCCACUCCCAUCGAACCUCUGCAAACCCCUCGAUAACUCCCCUGAGUCCCACUUCGCGAGUCCCCCAUUCCGUUGGACAGGCCCUUCCUCCUCCCUCAUCAUUGCGAUCGCCAGAGCAUCAAGUCGAAGCACGAACACCCAGUCCCAACUACUUCGGCUUGGUCGUCGAUCCUACGACUAAUCCUCGAGACUCAGCUGUGGGCCCGAAAGAUAAUUGGAGUCCUCCUACCUCGUCCAUAGCCUCUUUCGGAGGCGCCUCGCCGAAGCGCAUAUCGAUAGAGACACAUCCAGAUUUUGAACUGUUCAGAAGGCGGACUGAGGAGGGCAAUGCCUUCAAUCUUGGCCAUGGAAACCUAUCCCAUUUCGCUGCUACCCCGGGAGACCAUACACGUCCGAGACUCGACCGGAAACAUACACGCCCAGAUACAGAACAAUAUUUUCCACCCAUAGCUCAGUCAGUUAGCCGCAAUGCUACACCUGACCCAAUGGAUCUUGAUCGAGGACAUGAUCCUAUACCUACCAGUACCCAAGAUCUUAAGCGAACGUCCUUAGGAGCGCCUUCAUUUUUUGAUAUUCCUCGUCAGGAAUCUCCUGCUGAAAUAAGUUCUCUGCACCCCUCAACUCAGCGUAGCGCUCUCUCAAAUCUCGAUGAUAGACAUCCCCGUCUUUCGUUACCUCAGUAUAGACUUGAUCCUCCAUCGCCACACGUGAAACUACAGCAGCGUGGGGAGCAUCAGCGCGCAGAAACCCUUCCUUCUUCCUUGAAAGAAGGGCCUGCAAUGAUCUCGCCAGCCAAGUUACGAGAUAUCUUGGAUCGACUUCCUUCAAGUCAGGUCUUACUAUUAGACCUGCGCGUAUUCCCUCAGUUUUCAACAUCCCGCUUAAAGGGGGCUUUGAAUCUCUGCAUCCCUACCACUUUGCUGAAACGGCCGUCAUUUACCUUGCAAAAACUUCAAGAGACCUUUGCAAAUGACGGUGAGAAAGAAAGAUUUGCUGCGUGGAGGUCUGCUCAAUACAUCGUGGUCUAUGAUGCAUACUCAACCGACAAGAAAGAUGCCCUCUCCGCAGUGAAUACUUUGAAGAAGUUUGUCAAUGAGGGUUGGAAGGGUUCUAGCUAUAUCUUGAGAGGUGGAUUCGCUGAAUUUUCCACAAUCUUCCCGGAGCUCAUUGAUAAUCGGUCAACCCAGGCGCUUCAACCCUCGAAGAUCAAUUUAUCUUUGGGGACUUCGGCUCCUGGAGUUGCACGGGUUGCUGGGGGUUGUGCGAUGCCUGCCACAAACGAGCCCGCGAAUCCAUUCUUCAGCAACAUCAGACAGAAUCAGGACUUGAUUGGGGGUGUAGGGCAGAUGGAUAUCAUGUUGCCAGAGGAUCUGACUCAAGAUAUUCAAAGAUGUCUUCCAGCCUGGCUAUCCAAAGCGGCCGCCCAAGAAGACCAUGGGAAACGAGUGGCAGACAAGUUCUUAAACCUCGAGCUUGCUGAGCAGUCCAGAAUGAAGAAGGCCCUUUCCUCGGAUGUCUCAUAUGGAACUCCGGCUACAGAUGCCAAACAUAUCCAGAUUGCUGGUAUUGAGAAAGGAGGCAAGAAUAGGUAUAAUAACAUAUGGCCAUUUGAGCAUGCCAGGGUCAGACUCCAAGGUCGUCCCACGGGCGCUUGCGAUUAUGUCAAUGCAAGUCAUGUGAAGGCAUCGCGGAGCAAUAAACGGUAUAUUGCGUCGCAGGGUCCACUCCCGACUACCUUUGGGGACUUCUGGAGUGUUGUCUGGGAUCAAGACGUUCGAGUAAUUGUAAUGUUAACGGCCGAGAAAGAGGGUGGUCAAUUAAAGUGCGAUCCAUACUGGUCAAGUCAAGAGUAUGAUAAAUUAAAACUCACAAAAAUUUCGGAAAAGAAGAUAUCCUUGGGUCCGAGGAACCACCACCACCGUUCAUCAUCAAGAGAUGGCAACGAUUCUGGCCGAAGGAGAGCCAAUACUACCACUGAAAGUGCACCCAGACCUCAGUCACCCGAGCAACCGCAUGCUAUCAUUCGAAAGUUCACACUCAAGCACUCUGCUCAACCUUUCUCUCCCAUACGGGAAAUAACUCAGGUUCACUACUCUUCUUGGCCGGACUUCGGAGCUCCUGCGAACCCGAAUCAAAUACUUUCCCUCGUCGAACUAAGCAAUUCAAUACAGCGGUCUUCCUCGUCCCCCAGCCAGACAACUCGCUCUAAUGAGCCAGAAUUGGACUUAUCUCCUCGGCCGGUGCUGGUACACUGCAGUGCAGGGUGUGGCCGCACGGGUACCUUCUGUACAGUUGAUUCCGUGAUUGAUAUGCUAAAACGACAGCGCAAGGAAAUGAAGAGUGGAAUUGAGCCAAUGGAGAUCACACCCGCUUCAAAUAGUGGCGACUAUAUAGGCAAGGGGAAAAAUGCUGCGCUCGACAAGGAUUGGAUAUUCGAUCCAGAUUUAGAUCUUAUUGAGAAGACGGUGGAGGACUUCAGGGGUCAAAGACUCAGCAUGGUACAAAGCUUGAGGCAGUAUGUAUUGUGCUACGAGACUCUGCUAGAAUGGAUUACCCAGCAAAGCAUCGGGACAACCAGAUCUGGUAGAGAUCGAAGUGGCAGCCAUGGUAGCGCCGUUGAGAGGACUUCUCGUGGUGGCUAG